AUGACUUCGGUGUCCCUACCUCCUUCGGCACCAUUCCCUGUCACGGUGACAGCCAUUUCUGCUGUGGCAGGCCAAAAAAUCUCAAAGCAUUUUCCUUUGCUCAAGUACAGAUACUGGGAUUACCAGGAGGACCCAAACUCGAAGGAAGAGCACCCGCCCAAAGUGCGUGUGGAGCGCAUUGGAUCGUUUGAAAGUCCCAUCGAGGGCCAGAUCGUCGAAAUGCGUAUUUCUGUGGGCGACGAAAUUGCCCAUAGUGGUGUGGAGUUGUGCCUGAUACAAGAACCGUGCACUCACGAUGUGCAAUACGGAGGACUCUGUGCCAUGUGUGGAAAAACUGUGGAAGAUGAAAAGGACUACACGGGCUACAACUACGAGGACAGAGCGACAAUUGCAAUGUCGCACGAUAACACUGGACUUCGGAUCAGCUACGACGAGGCUACAAAAAUCGAGCACAAUGCCACCCAACGGCUUGCUAAGGACAAGAAACUCAUCUUGGUGGUCGACCUAGAUCAGACAGUUAUUCAUGCCACGGUCGACCCUACGGUGGGUGAGUGGCAGAAGGACCCACAUAACCCCAAUUACCCUUUUGUUAAGGACGUUCAGUCUUUCUGUCUUGAGGAAGAGCCCAUGGUGCCUCCAGGGUGGAUGGGUCCAAAACCAGCUCCUUCGAAAUGCUGGUACUAUGUGAAGUUGCGCCCGGGCCUCAAAGAGUUCUUAGCUCAUGUUGCUGAACGGUACGAGCUCCAUAUCUACACCAUGGCCACGCGGAACUACGCCUUGGCUAUUGCAUCGAUAAUAGACCCUGAGGGCAUAUACUUUGGUGACCGUAUCUUGAGUCGGGACGAGAGUGGUUCUUUGACACAUAAAAACCUUACACGUUUAUUUCCUGUGGACCAGUCGAUGGUGGUCAUCAUUGAUGACAGAGGCGACGUAUGGCAGUGGGACCCUAACUUGGUGAAGGUGGUACCAUAUGACUUUUUCAUUGGCAUUGGAGAUAUCAAUUCGAGUUUCUUGCCAAAGAAGAGCGGACAGCUCAUAGGACCCACCAAAAAGAGGAAAAGUCUUGCUCGUCUUGAAGAAGCCUUGGAGGAGAGCGAGGAAGACUCCGAGCCGGCGUCAGAUGUCAUCAGCAGCCAAAACUCCAGUGAUGAUAGUGACCGUGUAGAGGAUGGCGAGACUGAAGUCGGCGGCACCGAAACAAAAGAAACGCAAGAGAACGAACACUUGGACAGCAACAAGAAUGGGAAGGACGAAACCGUGUCUGCUCCUGUAUCAAGAUUAUCUUCUCCUUCUGAUGAAGCAGUCGAAUCAGACUCUCAUGACUCUGAUUCAGAAAGCUUGUCUCCCGUUGACCGUUUGGUGGAACUCGGAGGAGGCGAGAACAACAAGAACUUGCUCAUUGAGCAGCUGCUCUCACGCACGCAAAACCUCGAACAGCAACAGCAUGAUAGACCUUUGGCUAAGCUUCAAGACAAGAUAGACCGCAUUGCUCACGAACACGAGGAUAGCUCUGUGUCUAGCAAAGACGAAGAAGAGGAGCAUAUUUUGUACGACGAUGACACAGAACUUUCAUCUUUGGAGAAGGCAUUGGACUAUAUCCACGAAGAGUACUACAAGGCAUACGAAAGCUUUAAACAGGAACGAACUUUAGAGCGCCCAGAUAUCUCCGUCAUACUACCGAAAAUCAAGCUUGAAUGCUUAAAGGGUGUCACUGUUCUUCUAUCAGGAAUUCUACCGUUGGGCAUGAACAUGAACAAUGCCGAUAUCGUUAUUUGGUGCAGGCAAUUUGGUAUGAAGGUUGUAAACGAGGUGUACCCCGAAAUAACUCACGUUGUUUGCAGAGAUCCGAAUGCCUCUUACAUGAAGACCGGACUAACUCUUAAAGUGAGAAUUGCCAAGAAGACAAUACCCGGAGUGAAGGUUGUGAAUCCAGAUUGGCUCUUUGCAUGUCUCAGCCUGUGGAAGGCGGUGGACGAGAGAGAUUACAUGAUCGAACUUCCGGAACAAGAUUGGUAUGUUUCUGAAAAUGACAUCAGCAAGUAUCAGCAAGCGCUUGGGUCGCAGCAAGAAAGAGAGCAGGCACGUAACGCCGCAGCCAUGAGCCGACCACGCGAAGGGUCGCUUUCAUCGAUUGAUGACUAUGAUUUCAACGAGGCGAAUGCAGAGGUUGAUGAUUUCUUGGCGGGGAUAAGCGACGACGACGACGACGAUGAAGAUGACAAGGGCGUCGAGGAAGAAGACAAUGACCUGGACGACGAAGAGAGUGUUUCCAACGGUAAAAGUGGCGCAAACAUGUCUUUCGUGAAAAGCCUUUAUACGCAAAAACGCAAAGCACAGGAAGAGCAGGACGAGGACGUUGACAGUGGAGAAGGAGAUAGCCGUGAUGAAUACAGUAACGGCGAACACAAGAGGCAGAAGACUUUGGAGAACACAGACAACAUUGACGAACUAGAAAAAGAGCUUCUCGAUGAGCUUGACAACCUCGACGAAUAG